GUCAUCAUGGAGAACCGGCCGCCCCUCACAUCACCAGAUGGAUCCAGUAACAGAAAUACCCCAGAGAGUUUUCCCAGUCCUCUUUAUUCUUUGGAUUCCACACAGGAACAUCUCAAAGUCCCAUAUGAGAAUCAGGCUGAACAUCAGAUUAAUGUUAAAGUUGAAGUCACAGAGAGAGAAGAAGAGAAGUGUUUGAGGACUGAUGUGCAGUUUAAGGAGAAGAAAGUUCUUUCAGAUGGAUCCAGUACCAGAAAUCCCCCAGAGAGAUGUCCCCGUCCUCUGUAUUCCUGGGACUCCACACAGGAACAUCACAGGAUCCCCCAGUACUAUACAGAUGGAAAUGCGAUUAAAGGUGAAGUGAAAAUGGAAGCAGAAGACCUGUAUGUGAUGGGUGAUGAUCCGUGUAAGAAGGAGGGAAUCCAUCCAGAGAGCAGCACAGCUACACAACACAAAGGGAAAACCAAAAGAGUACAACCUCCACCCUCUCCAGAGGAUAAAAGUGAUGAGGAGGACCUCACAUCUGAUUCUGCGGAAGAAAGCCCCAUUCCCCCAAACCUGCACCCAAUGCUAUCGUCUGAUCCUUCUAUGCAGGGGGGGUGCUUCUCGGAUGACCUUCACAGAGUCGCUCAUCACACGGGUCAAAACAGUGGCGAACCAUUGCCAUGUCCCGAAUGUGGAGGAUGUUUUAGCCAGAGAGCAGGGGUUAAUGUAAACACGGGGGACACCCUAUAUUCAUGUUCCGAAUGUGGGAAGUGCUUUACCCCCAAGACACGUCUAGCAGAACAUAUAAGAACUAACACAGGGACGAAGCCGUACACCUGUCCCCAAUGCGGGAAAGGUUUUCCCUCAAACGCACAUCUCAUCAUCCACUAUAGACUGCACACGGGGGAGAAGCCCUAUUCAUGUUCAGAUUGCGGCAAACGCUUCCACCAGAAGUCAAACCUUAACCACCACCAGGUGAUCCAUUCGGGCGAGAAACCCUACUCUUGUUUGGAAUGCGGGAAACGUUUUUUGAGGAAAGCCGAUCUGGUGACCCAUCAGAAAACUCACUCCGGCUUGAAGCCGUACGCAUGUCCUCACUGCGGAAAGUGCUAUAGGAGUAAGUCAACUGUCGUCAAACAUCAGAGGAUCCACAUGACAUAGACACUUGCUCGGUGUUCUCAGUCAGGGAGAAGCUCUCCAUAUGGGGAUUGAACAGGCUUUCUGAAGAAACUUCACCCAAGCUCAACUGGACUGUUACCACAUAGAUUGCUGAGGGCCGGUGCCCAUGGCUGGAGUGUGCCCUCCUAAGGCACCAAUCCAUAGAAGAAAUUAGCCGGCAACCCGGUACUUUCCAAGUUUCAUAUUCUAAAUUUUUUAUUAGGCUACAUUAACCAGUUAACAACCGCCCUAUAGACGAUAUACGUCUACAAGGCGAUUGCUUAACCCU